AUGUCCAUGGAUCGAAAAUGCAAGCAACCUGACCUCAACGACGUAGGGAGUCGAGGUGCCUCGAGUACCGCGGCAAACACGACACAACAACAACAACAACAACAACAACAACAGCAACAACAGCUGCAAAAGGAGCAGCCUGCAGCUGCCAGCAAUAACUCCCGAAAGGCGCCAGCAGCGGCGCCAGCGCCACCACCGCCGUCAACGUCACCACCGAGAGGGGAAGCAGCUCCGAAAGAGUCGCCCAAGGCCGUUAAGGAAAGCCCCAAAACGCCAGUGGCGGCGGCGGCGCCGGCGGCGGCGGGAUCUCGUCCAGAGACGCCAAAGAAGUCUGGUGUGGCGGCGUCAGCGGCGACAGCGCCGCACGUCCCCGACACCUCCUCCCGCCCGGCUCUGCAGGUUCCCAAGCUAGCUGAGGGAGCGCACGUGCCCUGCCUGUCACCGCCGCCGCCACUGGCGCCCAGCAGCUCAUCAGAGCUGCCGGAAGGUGCCAUGGAACAAAUACGGCAGCUGGCCUCCGGCGAGGCCGCCGCCGCCACGGCGGCAGCAGCACAUGUACGACAAUUGCUGUGUACGGCAGCGCCGCCCAUACAGGCACUUUUGGACGCGGGCGUGGCGGCGGCGUUGGUCCGAUGCCUCAAAGAAGGCCCCACACCGGCCAAGCUCGAUGCCGCCUGGGCCCUCGCGAACAUCGCCUCAUCCCCCGUCCACGCGCACGUGGAGGCCUUAUGUAAUGCGGAGGCGCAUAAAGCCCUUCUGGCGGCGCUGGGUCGGGCUCUGUGGGCCCUGGCCAACGUCUCGGGGUCUAUCCAUCCGGAGUAUAAGACACAAACCCUGGCAGCCGAGGUUUUGGAUUCCGGGGCACUGGGAGCCGUGAUUGCGAUACUGGAAGCGGAAAACAGCGCCAGCGGCGGCUGCAAAUCCGAAUCUGGAUCCGCAUCCGCGCUUGGAUCCGGAUCUGGAUCUUCAUCCGUACUGCGCUGCGCCGCCUGGUGUCUGCACAACCUGGCCAAACACAAGAGGGAGAAGGAAAUGGUCGACGUCAUCCCCCUGGCCACGGAGCUGCUCCUUUCCCGCCCCGAGACCGACAAGGAGGUCUUGUCAUGUCUGUGCUGGGUAUUGGCGUACCUGGGCUCCAACGAGGACAACAAGUCGCAUCUCAGACAAGCACUGCCCGCACUGCCAAGACUGGUGCCUUGGAUAAGCGGCCAGGUGGUGGAGGCCGGCGGUGUGCCCGCCUUCUUGUCGUACCUCCGUCGUGGCAAGGAGGCGGGUCGGCGGGACAUGGUGAUGGAGGCGCUGUUUGCUCUUUCCAAUGUGGCAGGGGGUAACAACGCCACGGUGCAGGCGUUGCUGGAAGCAGGUGCUUUCACGGAGGUUAUCUCUCUUCUCCGUACGGCGGGUACGGAUGAGGAGCUUCGAAUGGAGGGGCUGUACGUGCUGACUAAUGCCUGGGACCCGGUAGUGGCCGCGGAGGUGGCGACGGUGCAGGGGAUGCUUGCCGCGGGCGUUCUCGACGAGCUCCACAACCAAAUGGAACCCUCAGCUCCCGCUGCGAGGCUGGAUCUGCUGCUCAAGGGCCUUACGGACGGCUUAAAACGCGGCCAGAUGGUGAUGACGUACACCGCCAGCAUGUUGCUUGUCCAACUGGGCCGGGAGGGGGCGGCGGCGGCGCCGCCUGCCGUCAACCCCGUCGUGGAGUUGUACGAAAAGCUGGGUACGACGGACAAGAUCAAGGCCCUCAACGGGCACGCUGACAUGGAGGCGCUGGCGCCCGGCGGCGCCAUCUCAUCACCUGUACGGCGGUUUCGUACCCGAUCUUAUUUCGUCGGUGCAGCCGGCCCUCAGCAAGCACUUGCCACCGGCCCGCCGCUAGGCGAGCCCGGUGCGGAGGUGUCUGGGACUGACUGA